UACGCUUUCAGUAACAUUGCCGACGGAUAACCGUUGACCGGUCCGGUUGCUUCGUGUGAACAAUAAUUUUACGAUAUUCAAUAAACUGCAAUCUAAAACUGAUCGUGACACAUUGUGAAUUUCCAUUAUAUACGAAUAGCUAUCACUUUUGAGGAAUAUAAAUGUCAAUUAUGUAUACAUUCACAUUUCGACCGGUUCUCCGCUACGUGACGCGAGAGUUAACCAUGACGUUCAAAGUUCGUCCCAGCGUGACUCGACUAUACCAUUCCAUAGGACCUUUGACACAAUUGACAGACGAUGAAUUGAUGACGAAGGAGACGGUCGCCAAGCUGGCCAAGGAGGAGAUCGCACCGCUGGUGCGGAAAAUGGAGAAAGAUGGGAAAAUAGACGAUGGCUUGCUGCGAAAGUUUUUCGAGAACGGCCUGAUGGGCAUCGAGAUCCCGGUCGAAUAUGGCGGCACGGGGAGCAACUUCAUGAGCACGAUCUUGACGAUUGAGGAGAUCUCCAAAGUGGACUCGGCUCUGGCAAUCCCCGUCGACAUCCAGAAUACCUUGAUCAACUCGCUGAUCUUAAAGAUAGGCUCCGAGGAACAGAAACGGAAGUACCUGCCUGCCUUGGCGCAAAACACCAUCGGUAGCUUCUGUCUGUCGGAAUCGCAGUCUGGAUCUGACGCCUUCGCCAUGAAGACUCAGGCGCAGAAAGACGGCAGCGAGUAUGUGAUCAAUGGUACGAAAAUGUGGAUCUCGAGUUCUGAUGUCGCAGGACUGUUCCUACUGUUUGCCAACGCGAACCCCAGUGCCGGCUAUCGCGGCAUCACGACUUUCCUAGUGGAGCGAGGUACACCAGGUAUGACGAUCGCCAAACCUGAAAACAAGAUGGGUAUGAAGGCGUCGGGUACUUGCAUGCUCCAUUUCGACAACGUCAGGAUACCCGAGAGUAAUCUGCUGGGCGAAUUUGGCUGCGGGUACAAGUAUGCGGCUGGUUUCCUGAACGAAGGUAGAAUCGGCGUAGCGGCACAGAUGAUCGGUAUCGCUCAGGGUUGCCUGGACGCUACUAUACCGUACAUGCUGGAGAGGAAACAGUUUGGGCAGGAAAUCUUCUUGUUCCAAGCGGUACAGCAUCAAAUCGCGCAGAUGGUGACGGACGUGGAGUGCGCCCGACUGAUGGUCUACAACGCGGCAAGGCUGCUGGAAGCCAAGAAGGACGUUAUGAAGGAAGCGUCCAUGGCGAAGUUAGUCGCGUCUGAGACCGCGCAGCGUGUUACCUCCAAAUGCAUAGACUUGAUGGGAGGAGUUGGUUUCACGACGGACUUUCCGCAUGAGAAGUAUUUCAGAGACUCGAAAGUCGGGACUAUUUACGAGGGCACGAGCAAUAUACAAUUGUCAACUAUCGCAAAGUGCAUUCGUAAGCAAUAUUCAUAAGAAAAGUGAGAAAUGUGAUCGCAAAGAUCAUGUGGAUUUACAUGUGGUUUUGUGAAAUUAUUCGAAUAUAUUAUAUUUGUUAUUAUUUAUAUAUGUAUAUUUGUUAUAUGUUUUUCUGCAUCUCUUUACAAUAUAUGUUCUGCUGUUAUGUAACGUAAUAUAUAUUUCAUAUAGAAUGAUUUCAUAUAGUAAGAGUAAGAAAUUGAUCAGUCAAAUAUGAGAAUAUUGAUUGAUCAAUUUCUUACUUCUCACAGUCAUACUUUACUUUUAUUGUAGACAGACCUUUAGCGACCUGUGUAAUUUUAAGGAAAUAAAUAACUCGAUUUUUCCUUUUCUUUACAAAAUUAA